CACCUCUACCCGCCAACACAUCAACAAAUCGGUCUCAAAAUCGGGAGAUAUACAUUAGCUGUUGGGUGCCACUAUACCGCUACACCGCCUACGUCAGCAGACCACGUUGCACGUCGCUUGGAUUCGCCAAAGUCCUCCCCUAGCCCGCUACUCUGCCUCCUCUGCCUGGACAUAAAAAAUGGCCAUCAAACCUGGUUUGGGUCGCAAGACCAGCAACAAGAACCCACCGAUCCUGAGCCACGAGUUUGUCAUCCAGAAUCAUGCCGAUAUCAUCUCCUGCGUGGCCAUGGUAUUCGUUGUCGGUCUGAUGAACGAAUCAACGGCGGCGUUCGCCAGCGCCUUCAUCUCGCUGCAUCAUAAUGUGAGCGGUGAGGAUCCCAGCCGAGAGCAGCCGUACGGCAAGGCCUUCACCUACAUUGCCGGCAUCAAGGACUAUUGUGCGAUAUUCUUCUAUACACUGACCUGCAUCAUUAUGCAUGCCAUUAUCCAGGAGUUCGUGCUGGACAAGAUCAGCAAGAAGAUGCAUCUGUCCAAGUUCAAGUUGGCGCGCUUCAAUGAAUCCGGCCAGCUGGUUGCCUUCUAUCUGAUGUCGUUCUUCUGGGGCGCUCACAUCCUGGUCAAGGAGGGCUUCCUCGGACAUGUGGCCCAGCUGUGGGAGGGCUUCCCCGACCAUCCGAUGAGCUUCCUGCACAAGUUCUACUUCAUCAUUCAGCUAUCGUACUACCUGCAUAUGCUGCCCGAACUCUACUUCCAGAAGAUCAAGACCAAGGAGGAGCAGCAGCCAAAGAUCGUGCACUCGGUCAGCGGCUUCACCCUGAUCGUGCUGGCCUACAUUCUCAGUUUCCAGCGUCUGGCCCUCGUCCUCCUCACCCUGCACUACUUCAGCGAGCUGCUGUCGCAUGUCUUCCAGCUCAUUGGUGUCUUUGAUCGCGAGGAGCGCCUGGCCAAGCUGCGCGUGGUUAACAACGGCGUGUUCUUCCUCAUCCGUUUCGCCACCUCGGUGAUUGGUGUCCUGACACUGUACUAUGGCAUCGGUGGAGCUCGCUCUCUGCUCGCCUUGGGCGGCCUAAUUGCCCUGCAGGGCUAUCUGGUGUUCUCGUUCAUCACCGAGCAGCUGAAGGCCAAGCGCGAGGCCAAGAAGGAGGCGAAACGGGAGGCCAAGCUGGCGCUGCAGACCAAGAAGCCGGCCAAGGCGCUCAAGGAUAAGGUGAAGCGCAAGAAGGAGAGCGAUCUGCCAGAGGCGGAUCAGUCAUCGGCCAGUCCCAUCAAGCAGAAAGUCAAAUGAGCAACAACCACAAAAGUCUCUUCAUCAGCAAAACAACAACAACAAAAAAAAAGCAACAAAAUCUUUCGCACACUUCCAACCAACAACAACAACAACAACACCAAUCUGAAGAAUGAUAGUUACCAGAAGAGAGAGAGCGCAGCACCAGGACAGAAAGAUUAGCCGGCUAA